AUGCUGAGGGUAUAACCUUGCAGUCCGCAGUCUACAGAUACAGUAUUUUCACUCCACAUAUCCACGCUUUUUACACCGGAAAGCAGCAGCAGCAGCAGCAGAGCUUUCCACAUGAAUACUUUGUCUACAUAUUUUGUGGAGAAAGUAAAUUACAUGAGACCCAAAAUGAAGGAGGAAGAAGAAGAAGGAGGAGAUGAAGAUGAGGGAAAAUAUGAUUCACAAAUCAAGGAAUUAGCCCUCCAGGUGACCUGGCCUCCGUCUUUGCUCAACAAAGCAGACGAAGAGGAUUAUCAUUUUGUGGGACAAGAAACCGUCCCGAAAGAAACUUUGGACGGAAAUGUCACUCUGGGAGAUGAUGAGGAAGAAAAAGCCGAGUGUGAUGGAGAGAAAGAGGGUGACGAGGCCUGUGAUUCAAACUGCAGCAGCUCCACAGCCAGCGCCGAAGAAGGUACAGGACAAACACAAACUGUAGCGUGGUAUCCCAGGGUCAUCUUCAGCCUCGGUAAAGACAUCUACAACUACGUAGGACAUGACAUUGUCAUUUAUGAAGCCCUAGACUCCUUUGGAGCCGUCAUGUGGCCAGCGGCGUUGGCUCUGUGCGCCUUCCUGGAGAAUAACAGGGAGAUGGUGAACCUGCAGGGGAAGGAGGUUCUGGAACUGGGAUCAGGAACAGGACUGGUAGCCAUCGUGGCCAGUCUCUUAGGAGCCUCAGUCACAGCCACAGAUUUACCGGAGGUGUUGAGUAACCUCAGGGCCAACGUGAUGAGGAACACCAGGGGGCGGUGCCGACAGCUGCCCCAGGUGACGACUCUUUCCUGGAGCUUCGAAAUGGAACGCACCUUCCCCGCGUCCGUCUACCGGUACGACUACGUGCUGGCGGCAGACGUGGUUUAUCACCACGACUUCUUAAAGGAGCUCCUGGCUACCAUGAAGCAUUUCUGUCAGCCGGGGACGACGGUGAUCUGGGCCAACAGGGUCAGGAUGGAGUCUGACCUGACCUUCACCGAGAACUUCAAAAAGACCUUUCACACAAGUUUACUGUUUGAAGAUGGAGACAUGAAGAUCUUUAUGGCAACAUACAGAGGGACAGAGACAGGGGAGAGAUAGGUGGACAUGUGAACUGGCCAAUGGGGUUAAAUUUUGGACAGACUAUUGGCAGAAAUUGAAUAUAUUAUGCAUUGGUUUUAAUGGUUUUAUACUGAGCUCACAAGACGAAAGGGUUUGUCCACAAACCAGCAGCAGAUAUUUACACUCUCACUCACUCAUCUUCUACCGCUUUAUCCUCCACAUGAGGGUUGCAGGUGCCAAUCUCAGAUGACAUAGGGCUGUUUACAAUGAAACUAAAAAGAACUGCUCCGCCCACGUUCACCUGAUGCAUAAACCAACGAAGUAGAAGUAGAAGUAGGUGGUACAAAGGCAGAGACAGUUCUGAAAGUGUGUUUACUUCAUUUAUGGUAUGAUAAGGCCACCGUAGUUCAGAGGAGGAGUCCUGUGGUUGUUGCACUUGUUGCAGUCUCACCACAGGAUGUCGCUAAUUUGCUAUUAUUGUCUCGAGGCAUGGUUCUCAAACUGUGGUCAUUUCACUAUACCAGUGUGUGAAGUGUGCGUGUACGGAAGAGGAUUAGGGCCACAUGUAAAAAAAAAGAAAAAAAAAGAAAAGAAAGAAAAUGAUAAUAAAAUAGCAUUAAUUCUGAAAUUAAAGUCAGAAUUCUGAGAUUAAAGAAAAAAUUUGAAUUCUGAGAUUAAAGUCAGAUUCCUGAGAUUAAAGAAAAAGUCAGCAUUCUGACAAAAAAGAAAAAGUCAGAAUUCUGAGAAAAGGCCAGAAUCCUGAGAUUAAAGUCAGAAUUCUGAGAUUAAAAUUUUCUGAGAUUAAAGAAAAAGUCAGAAUUCUGAGAUUAAAGCUUUCUGAGAUUAAAGAAAGUCAGAAUUCUGAGAUUAAAGUCAGAAUUCUGAGAUUAAAAUCCGUCAGAAUUCUGAGAUUAAAGUCAGAAUUCUUAGAUUAAAGAAAAAGUCAGAAUUCUGAGAAAAAAGUCAGAAUUCUGCGAUUAAAGCUUUCUGAGAUUAAAGAAAAAGUCAGAAUUCUGAGAUUAAAGCUUUCUGAGAUUAAAGAGGUUUUCUCAAUUCAUGCUGUUUUAUAAUUUUUUUCUUUCUUCCAUUUUUUUUACAUGUGGCCCUAAUCCUCUUCCGUAUAUGUGAGUUUAUAUUUUCUUAUUUUUUUUUUACUGUGUUAAUUUUUUACGCUUUUGUAUUUUUAUCUUAUUAUUUUUAUUUUAAUCCCUAUUAUUCAUUUAUUUAUUUAUUAAUUUAUCUUUUUUAAAUCUCUCUUUUUUAAUUGGGCUCAGUUAUUAUACUACUUUUUGAAUAGUAUUAGGGCUCAGAUUUGAAUUGUGGUUAGGUUAAGUUUAAAGUUAUGUUAGGCAUAAGUUAAGCAUAACACUUUGUUUAGUUUGUCCAAAUUAAUACAAGUCAAUGCAGUGUCCUCAUAAGAAUAGCUGCACGGACCUGUGUGUGUAUGAAAAGUGCUUUACAAAUAAAGAACCAUUGAUUGAGCCAACAAUUGCAUUAUAAAUAAGCUGAUUACAGUAAUAUUACCUCCA